CUCAGCAUCGUCAAGAUGAGUGAUCAGCCCACUGCCAAAAAUGGACUUUCGCGAAGAGGAUUGAAGGAUUUGGAGGAAAUGAGCGGUAGGGUCGCAAUCUUGUUGAAAAUGUUUGCAAAUCAAUUUGACGCAAAGAGUAAUCCAGAUGGAAUUGUGGUUUUGGGAAUUGCAGAUAAUUCUUUAUGUCGUACAGAACUUGUUGAAUUUUUCACCUCACCCGGAAGGCUACAAUUGGAACCAAGAGAUCUUACUUAUGCCGAUCACUUUUACGCUUCAACGCGAGUUUUGAAAGCGAUUGCGGGAUUGUACAAUGAUGUACCGGAUGGACUUUAUUCGGAAAAAGACUGGAAGCCACCACUCAAACGAGUAGAAGAAGGACAUAUCCUGGUGGGAAACGGAGCAACGGAAAUCAUUGACGCAUGCUUUUGGGAUCUAUGCGACGAAGGCGAUGGGGUACUGUUGAGCGCUCCUUAUUAUAAUGCAUUUGAUGAAGAUCUCUCAUUCCGGGCAAAGGUGCAAAUUGUUCAAGUACAUAUGCCUGAACCCAAAUCAGGAUCUGGAUCGGAUGCUAAAGAGCCAAAAGCAAGCUUUGCAGUGGAUAUAAUCAAAGAUUAUGAAGAUGCAUUACAGAAAGCAAAAGCAAAGGGUAUUAAGUGUCGUGCGGUUUUGAUCUGCAAUCCUCACAAUCCAACCGGUGGAAUUUAUCCUCGCGAAACAGUUGUCGCACUGGCUAAAUUUGCUGCAAAACAUGAUCUGCAUCUGGUAAUGGACGAGAUCUAUGCUCGCGGCUGUUUUACCACGAAAGCAGUUCCUAAUCCAACACCGUUUGAUUCCAUUCUUGGCAUAGACGUUGAGAAAGAAGCAGGUUUAAAUCCUUCGCAUGUUCAUGUGAUCUCAAGUGCAAGCAAAGAUUUCAGCAUCAACGGGUUCCGUAUUGGUAUCUUUAUCUCUCAACAUAAUCCCGAUCUGAUCACGUCUAUGGGAGCAAAUGCACGUUUUGCUCAAACCGCAUCACCUGCUGGACAGCUUUUCGCAUCACUACUGAACGAUAGAAAGUACCUGGCUUGGUUCUUACAGGAGAAUCGACGCAGACUGACAAUCACAUUUGACAAGGUGACAGAAUUCCUGUCUCAUCAUGGUAUCCCGUUUGUUCCUAGUAAUGCCGGCCAUUUCCUCUUGAUCGAUUUGCAGAAGUACCUGAGCGACGGUGAGCAGAAACGUGACGGCAUCGCCGGACAAGAAGCAGCAACAGGACAAGAAAGCGAGCUAACUCCUGAACGUGAAUUGACGCACAAAUUUAUCGAAGGUGGUGUAAUGCUCGCGCCGGGCUCACAAUAUCACUAUCCUGCUCCGGGAUUCUUCAGGAUGACGUUUAGCAUCGAGCCGCAAGCAUUGCAAGUCGGUCUUUCCCGCAUAGAAAAAGUAUUAGGCUUACCCAGUUGGAUCACAUCUCAACCACCAGUGCAAUUCUAG